GAUAUUCGCGCGAAAUAGAAGGUUUGCGGUGUAACACGCAUAAAAAUGAGCAAACAGUUUGCAGAAGGAUAUUCCUCACUGCGUGAAGAUGUUAAAACUUUCAUCGUAAAUUUACAUAUCCACAUUAAAGAGCAAAAUGUCGUGGAGAUUGAAAAUGACACUCAAGUUAAGUUUCCCAAACUAACGGAGCAGUAUUUCAUGACUACCAGAUGGCCAAGCGUAGAUAUCAUUAAACAAAUUGUUGACGACCCACUUUUUCUCAUGCUGUAUAACGAACUCUAUUAUCGACACAUGUAUGCUCACGUGAGCACCGGUUUAACAGUUGAAGAUAGAAUUCAGUCAUAUUUAAACUAUACUAGUUUAUUUAACGCACUUUUAGUUGCUGCGCAACCAGUUAAUUUGGUUCUCCCUAAUCAGUGGUUGUGGGAUAUAAUAGACGAGUUUCUUUACCAGUUUCAAAAGUUCUGCAGUUUCCGCAGUCGGUUAAAACUCAAGCCUGAAGAUGAAGCUCAACUUUUAAAGAAUCCAAAAAUAUGGAGCAUACAUAGCGUUUUGAAUGUUCUAUACUCUUUAGUUGCCAAGUCAAACAUCAAUGAGCUACUAAGCUAUUAUGCUAAGCAAGGCGAUCCGGAUGACAUUGCAGAUGAUUUUGGUCGUUGCGUACUCUACAAAAUGCUCGGGUUCUUCAGUCUUAUUGGACUUUGUCGAUUACAUUGUUUACUAGGUGAUUAUUAUACAGCUAUUAAAGUUUUGGAAAAUAUUAAAUUCAAUCGUCUUGAAAUGUAUCAUGAAGUGCCUACUUGUCAUAUUACAACUGGUUAUUAUGUUGGAUUUUCUUAUAUGAUGAUGCGCUCGUAUCAUAAUGCUGUAUCUACAUUACUAGCCACAUUGUCAUAUAAAUCACGUGCAAUAGGUCUUAUAUCUCAACGUGCUGAUCUAAAAGAAUAUGUUAAUAAACAGGCGGAUCAAAUGAUGUCUUUGUUAGCUAUCUGUUUAACUAUGAUUCCCACUUCGGUUGAUUACAAUAUUGAUUUGGAUAAACGAGAGAAAUUCACGGAGACGCUUAAUCGAUUGCAACAGUUAGAUGAAGCCGAAUUCGCCAGUUCAUUUGAUCUUGGCUGCCCGAAAUUUAUCUCACCAGAAACUCCGUAUUACGCCAAAGCUUUACCAAUAAGUGAUUCAAUCUCUCCUUUGGAACCACAACGUCAACAAACUGAUUUAUUCAAAACAGAAAUUAUUCAACAAAUUGAACUAUUACGUCUUCGUUCAUAUCUUAAGCUUUAUACAAAUAUUUCUGCAUCGAAAUUGGCUAAUUUCAUGAGUGUAUCUGAACCAUCUUUACAUAUGGAAUUAAUGGCUUACAAGUAUCGGUUAAAACAAACUAUGAGUCAAGCUAUUGACGCUGCAAAAGAUGGUAACGGUUUUGGUACAUCGAUCAAUUCUGAUUUGAACAGUUCUCAGCAAAUGCAUCCACAUUUGGAUUUCUAUGUUGAUAAUGGUACAAUUUAUGUCGCUGAUACAACUGUUGAUAGAAGAUUUUCAGAAUAUUUCAUUCUUCAUAUUGAACAAUUACAACAGAUGAACAAGACAUUGGAUACAUUGGAACGACGUAUACAUGAAGCGAAUGUUCAAGAACCAAAUGAUGCCGCUCAACUCAGAUCUUAGCUUCAUCAUGCAUGCAUGUUACAUUCUGUUAAGUGUCUACUCUGUAUCGUUUACUGUUUAAUAAAGUUGAUCACUUGGAC